AGUUGACGUACGCCGACGUCGUCCCGGGCGGCGUGCGCACGCGCGUCGGCAGCGCCGCCGCCGACGCCCGGGACCGCGCGCUCAACUCCAGGGCCGAGGCCUUACGACGCGCUCUGCGGCACGAACCGACGCACGACGACGAGGCGCGGGCGAGAGAGACGCGCGAGGCGAAGUUGUACGAGUACGCGAGCGUGUUACAGGAACAGGCGGAGCGCUGCGGCGCGCACGCGGGGAACGCCGACGACGGAUUGCGAGAGGAGUUGACCAUGCGAGCGUGCGAUGCGUAUCGAAUGGCGUGGGAGACGCGUCCCGGACGACACGGGGUUGUGUAUAAUUGGGGGAUCGCGCUCGGCGACCGCGCGGAGCGGGCGAGCGCGCGCGGGGAUGCCGACAAGGCCAGGGCGCUGUGGGAUGAAUCGAUCGAUAAGUACGAACGAGCGACGAGGAGCCGGGAGACGGUGACGACGCAGCAAGCGACGCAGGGGUUGAAUAAUUUGGGAUUGGCGUAUCAGAGUCGCGCGGCGUGCGUGGACCUCGAUCGCGCCUCCGCGGCGAGCCCGGAGGCGGCGCAGCGCGCCAGGGAAGAGCGAGUGAAGUUCUUGCGCGCGAGCGUUCGAAAAUUUAGACGGGCGUUGAGGCUCGAUCCGAGCUUUGACCGCGCGGUGUACAAUCUCGGAACCGUCGUGUACGCGUUGAGCUCGGAGUACGCGUCGAUGGCUCGACUGUAUCCUCAGGAUGAAACUUUGGCGCCGUUAUCGAGGGAUUACGUCGUCGCGGCCGCCACGUACGUGGGAUUAGCGCUGGCGAGCGAACCGCAAAACGACGUCUACGCGACGUCCUAUGGCAUCGUGAAGAACUUUGCCCCGGCGCCGUACAUCGUCGACGAGACGUUCUCCGUGGCGACGGAUCGCGGCGACGGUUCGCCGCUCGAUUUCGUCAACGUCCGCCUCGUUCUCACCCCCACCGAGCUCACGACGCAUCCAGACGUCGACGGUGACGUCGUCAUGGACGUCCCCGUGCGUUCCAUCGCCGCCAUCGAACCGCUCGAGGACGUCACUUUACCCUCCGACGGCGCCGCCGCGGCGCUCCACCUCCGCGACGCCGGCGCCGCCAUCCUCGUGCUCACGCACGCGAACGCACGCGUUCGCGACCGAGCGAUCGACGCCAUCAUCAUACUUCGAGAUCUCGCUCGCAGAGGUCGCUCGCGCGCCGUCGAAGACGUCCGCCGCGUCGACGACCUCGCGCCCGCGGACGCGUAG